UUUAAUAGAAGUGGUUAAUAUAAUGUGCAUGUAGAAAAUGCUCUUGUUAUGAGAAAUAUAAGCAAUAUAUGUGAUAUAUUGUUGAUGUGACAUAUACUUUUCUCGAAUUGAAAAUAAGGUUGAAUAGGUGUUGGUAUGUUGUCAAAUCUACGUCCUUGGUACAUUUAUGAAAGUGGUCAAUUUCCUUGGUUGUUGUGCGACAUACCUUCUGUUAAUUUAACUUUAGUGUAAUAUGUCGUAUUUAAAUUUAGUAAAAUGACAAAAAGAGACUAUUUUUUUGGAGACAGACAAGGAACCUUUGCCGACAAAGACAAAGACGUAGUGGUGAUGCGAACAGAGGACGCCUACCGGAUGGCGAUGAAGAGCAUGCUGCGGUGGGUUAAAAAAAACAUGGAUCCGAACAAGACGAGAGUCUUCUUCACCACCAUGUCGCCCACACACGAAAAAGCUAUUGAAUGGGGAGGUGAUGAGAAGGGAAAUUGCUACAAUCAGACAGAGAUGAUAGAUGAUGCAAACUACUGGGGAUCGGAUUGUCGGAAGAAUGUGAUGAAUGUGAUAGGGGAAGUGUUUAGGAAGUCGAGAUAUCCGAUUACGUUGCUCAACAUCACGCAGAUGUCGAGCUACAGAAAGGACGCGCACACUUCUAUUUAUAAGAAGCAAUGGAGCCCUUUAACGCCCGAGCAGCUCGUGGACCCGGUGAGCUAUGCCGAUUGCACGCAUUGGUGUCUGCCUGGGCUGCAAGAUACUUGGAAUGAGCUUCUUUUUGCUAAGCUUUUUUAUCCUUGAUUGAUUCUCCAAAGUGGAAUGGAUUGUUUCGAGGAUUUUGUGUAAUUGUAAGGGAAAGGCAAGGUGUAUAUUUGAUGUUGUGAUUGAUUCUUGGACU